AUGCCUGCGCUGCGGUCUGCUAGUCAAGACUGGGCCCAUCAAAUGUCCACCGAUGUCUCCAUCACGCACACCAAACGAAGGUCAACGAGGCCAAUACCCUCAAAUUCAAAUAAGUCUGCGACAAGGUACAUGUCACAGAGCCAACCGCUCUCAAUAUGCAAUUCGACAAGCAAAUCAUCCCCUCCCGCUGCAAAUAUUGCACCAGCAGAGAUCCUGCUGGAGAUUUUCUCCAUGCUGACACCGCGGGACUUCGACAAUGCCCGGCGAACAUGCUCACAGUGGAUGCGGACUAGCCUGAACCACAGGCUACUUGAGAACAUGUUGAAAAGAGCAGGGUGGUGGGACGCAUGGUUGCAAGACCGGCAAACGCCACAAAUCUCCCGGUUAGAUGAGAGUGAGGUCUGGAGAAUGAGCCGCCGCUUUGCGACAGAAUGUCUCCUUUCCGGGCGAAAAUUGAAUGUCGAGAAGCCAGGCUUUUUGACUACCGCGGUGGUAGACUUUUCAAGUCUGUCCGAUUUUACAAGAACAUCCCGCCGCACUCGACUCCAGUCCGUUUUGCAGAUGACCGAAAGUAAAGGGUCCGGGGUAACAACUUUCAGCAUUAGCAGUUGCAGCAACUAUCUUCUCGUGACGACAGGCUGCAUGAUCUAUAUUUAUUAUCUAUCAGGUCGAAAGCCCAGGCCAACACCUGCAACGAACUUCAGCAAUGAUACCUUGGCGCUAGUCUCGCGUAUCUCAUGUCCUUUCGAUAUUCUUUCGGCCACUAUAGACACCAGCACGCCCCAAUUCACCAUCGCUGCAUUACUGUGCAACCGCGUCGGCAUGAUCUGCAACUUGGAUAUGGCUUGGGCCAAAGAUUCAGCCAAGGGAUCUCACUCCAAUAACAAAAUGGCCACCUCAUCCCGCCACUUCUUUUACAAUAUCUGCACAGUGGACAACCCACCACGAACAGUUGCUCUCUGUCCGGGCCGGCCAAUCGUCGCCUUCGGCUGCGCCGCGGGUAUUGAAAUCCACAGCGUAAACGAAACAAAGCGCAAUGAACAACGCAAACACUUCACCCUCCCUCAACCCUCCGAAAUCCUUCAUUUCCUCCCAAGUAGCUCAGAAACACCCAGCGAGCUACGUCUCAUUUCUUCACUAUCCGGAUCGGGCUUGCACGAAUGCAAGUAUAUUCAAUCCUUCAAUCGCCGCCGCAUUCCUCACGCCCCAUCCCGCAGCUUCGUCCGCGCAACACACUGUCACCACUACCGUGCAGUCCCCAUCAACGACGGUUUCCACAUCAUGUUCAUCGAGCCACGCACAAACCUACUAUGCAUCGGCACCGAUGCUCCAAUCGGCGGUCCAACAAGCCUAACCCGCGCAUUCGUCUGCAUUCCGCCGCCUUUCUCAAAUGCCCAAGACGGACAGACCAAGACACCACCCCCAUCUCCAUCUCCCUCAAACACAACGCCACUUCCAGCAGACCUCCCAACUCCAACAACCUUCACCUCGGGCUCCGACCUCCGCUGGGGUCUCCGUGUUGUCGCAGCCUAUGGUGACCGCCUUGUGCUGUACUCUAUCCCCUUGGACGUAUUCAACGUGAUUUGUAAAGAGCGUGAACGUCAAGCCGAUGGGAUAAUGGGUGCCAGCGAUCUCGGGCUUGAUUGGUACGUUGACGCGGAGCGGUCCCGCAAGCAGCAGGAGAGUUUGGUGCAGAAUCAGAAUGGAGAUUGGGAGUUCCUUUUGUCUGUCUCCUAUCGUCCUACCGCUAUGAUGUGGCCGUUUAAGAUCUAUGGCAAGGAGAUCGGGUCUGUCAAGGGGACUGUGGAGCUUGCUUUGCAAUCUUCCCAGGGUGGAGUUAGGGUUUGGGCUUUUGGGGAGGAUGGUAAAGCGACGGUUUUGGAUGUUGAUACUGGUGAUGCUCCCACUCGGUCUCUUGGUGUUGGUUCUGAUGGGGGAUUGAAAGACCUUGGUAUCGUUCAGAGGACUGGUCUGGGUGGUCUAGGAGUUUCGAGGAAACGGAAGUUCGAGGAGGUGAGGACUGGGUUCACGGGUCGAUAUGGUGCUGGUCGCUAUUUGGCUGGAGUGGAUGUCAAGCCUUGUGCUGCUGGUGUUCAUGGUAUUCAUCAGGAUCCAUCUGUUCGACGUUCAUCUUUUGCAGCUUGCAUUAUAGAUUUUAAGAUUCCCUUGUAUUAA